UUUCAUUGCAUUUUCGAAAAAAGUGCUCGUAUACAAUUUCGUUUCCACAAAAUUUACUUUUCUAAGCUGUGCUAUUUUUCAUUGGAUAUUUUCUACUCAAAAUCUCUACGUGCAAUCGGUUGAUUUUUUGCUGUUUCUUAUUUUAAAAAUUUCCAGGCUUAUUGGCAAUUAUAUAAAAGUGAUUUUUUCAGUUACAAAACAAUUAAAAUUGAAUAGCCUUGCUGUAUGGCCACAGCUACAGAAAAUUUGUGGCUAGCACAACAAAGACCGGUAAUAAGAGCAUGGAUAAAAAAACAAUUUCCAUGGUUUCUUUCAAUGCAAGAGCAUUUCUUCAACAUAUUAAAUGUUGUGCCGCAACGUUACAUCUUAUGCUUCUUCGGCUUCCUCGCCAUUGUCAAUGCAUACACAAUGCGUCACUGUUUGGAUAUCGCUCUAGCGCAUAUCGUUGCACCCAAACGGAAAUUUGCGCGCAUGCGUAACCUCGACACGAUUAAGAUGAGUACAUUUAAUUUGUAUGAACGCAUGGAACAACAUCGCAAUGGCACUUUAAUGAGUUUUGGCAAUAGGCGACACGAUAAAGCUGGCAACUUCGAUUGGUCCGAGCAGCUGCAAAACUUCAUACUGAUCUCCUUUUAUGUGGGCUACGUUUUGUCACAUGUACCCAGUGCACAACUUGCUAUGCGUUAUGGGGGCAAGUGGGUGUUGGCAAUUGGUUUGGCCAUAACCGCAUUGCUUACAUUACUCACACCAACUGUGGUGAAAUGGGGUGGUCCCUUGGCGCUUAUAGCAAUACGCUUGCUAAUUGGCUUCAGCGCGGGACCCACAUAUCCGGCAUUAAGUGAAUUGCUCUCCAAAUGGGUGCCGGGCAAAGAGCGUGCUACACUCGGCUCACUCGUCUUAAGUGGCAGUCAAAUUGGCAUUUCAAUGGGUAAUUUUAUUGCGGGCUUGCUAUUGCAUCGCUACGAUUGGUCGUUGAUUUUCUAUUACUUUGGUAUAUGCACUUUACUGUGGUUCAUUGGUUUCACCUACAUGUGUUACAAUACACCAGAGGAAAAUCCAUUUAUCAAAGUUACGGAAAAGCAAUAUCUGCAAAAAGAAAUCGGUUUAAUAGCGCGUUGUCGGCAUAAAACGACAAAAACGCCUUGGAAGGAGAUUUUUCGAAAUUUACCUAUGUGGGCACUCAUCUCGGCUACCAUACAGUAUGACUGGACACAGCUGCAACAUGCGGCUGAAGUGCCACAGUUCAUCAGAGAUGCCAAGCAGCAAACGUUUUUUGAAAAUAUCAUCAAUGGUAUGCAGAAUCAGUUGCCUUAUAUGAUGAAUUGGCUGUUAUCUGUGCUGUCCGGUGUGAUCUCGGAUUUGCUCGUGAACUAUGAGAUAUUCUCUGUGACAGUUAUGCGUAAAAUUAUGGCAUUCGUAGCUGCCGUGGCGCCAAAUCUCUAUGAUAGCCUACUGCCUUGUCUCAGUUGCAGUGAACCCGCAAAUUUAUUUGCCUUCUGCCAUUGUGCUAUAAAUGUGCUCGGGAGUUACUAUGCUGGCAUUAAGCUGACACCGUUAGAUAUGAGUCCGAAUUUCGCCGCCACACUAAUGGGUAUUGCAAAUGGUUUAGGUUCGCUUACGGGUAUUGUUGCACCCUUUAUCAAGCACUCGUUCGGCGGUUGGUCACAAUUUAAAAUUGUACGCGCUCUUUUAUGGCUAAUGUCUACGCUAUUGAUAUCGGCUGAAAUACAACCAUUUGAUCAACUUAUAUCUUUGACCACCGAGUCAGAGAAUAAAAUUGAAUAAAUUUUGCGAUUGUUUUUGUUGUACUAAUUACUAAAAAAGCAAUUAAAAGCUAAAAAGUGUGCCUUUAA